AUGGGGAGUGAUCAAUCAUCCAACCCCCAAACUGGAAGGACAACUUGGACUCCUCCCAUGGAUCGACUGUUCAUGGGUCUAAUGGCAGACCAAGUACAUGAAGGACAACUACUUGAUGGUCAGUUCAGCAAACAUGCUUGGACGCACAUUGUCGAUAAUUUCAUGCAGAGUUUUGGUUCUUCUUUUGCCAAGGAUGUGUUGAAAAACCGUAUGAAAACUUUGAAGAAAAACUAUGUUGCUGUAAGUACUCUUAGAGGUCAAAGUGGAUUUGGAUGGGACCAGUCGCGAGAAGUUGUGGUUGCUGAUGAUGUUGUAUGGGAUGAAUAUAUCAAGGGCUACAAGGAUGAGAAGAAGAUGGUCAAUGAAGCAGAUGGUGCUGUUGUGGAUAGACGGAAGAUGAAAGUAGAGCUGAGUUAUAGCAGAUGA